UUUGUUUCUUCGUCUGUGGAAAACACCUGUGUUAUCUCGGCUGGAGUUAAUGGUAAGACAAUUACCAACUAGCAGGGGUGGGUUAUGGCACUGGUAUACGUUUCCCUGAAUCUUUCUGGCCGGGAUAGAAACCAGAUCUGAAUUUUGGUAUAAACAGUUUUUGAACUGUCUUUUUUAAAGAUUAUUUUUUUUCCUUUGUUAGUUUAGGUUUGCGUGCUUUAGCCUUGAUCGUCACUACGACCAUUUUUUGGUUUCUCAUCCUGCAACAGUAACCUGUAACUCGGUUGGAAAGGUUGCCAUAAAUUAAUAGAACCCUUUGGAAGAAAAUGAAUAUAACUAUAACUUUGCACUUAAGUAUACCCCUUUCCCAGACUUUUGGACGAGAACGUUAGGUCAAAUUUGGGCUUCCAGUGCAAGAUCACAAUAUUUUCGAAGGCGCGCAAACAACACAAAACCUUUUCCGUUAGUAUUUCUUUGCCACCACGUCACAAUGAAUCUGACUAAAACCGGCGUUAUCAUUGAAUUCUGCCUUAGAAUAGAAAACAGAGUCAUUUGUAGAGUCAUAUGCGAGUGUACUAAAAUGCGAGUAUAUUUAAAGACCCACAAAAUGGAACUGACUACCUGGUGGACACUUAAGACAAAGAGUAUGAAAUUCAAUGACCUUAAAAAUAUUGCUUGUAGUGGCGGCUAAUUCCUGAUUUUGUUGCUCAAGGCUAAGUUCUUUUGUCGUUGUUGUGGGGCGUUGUUUUGUAACCUCUCUUUUAACAAGAAGUUAGAAACCUGACUUGUGUGAUCUGGUUUUAUCAGAUUCCUAGUCUAAACAUUGCUCUUACAAUGGAUGGUGAAAGCCUCCUCUCCGAAGCUCGAAGUUCAAUCCUCAGUUCUUUCUAAAGCGAGUAAUAUCUACCUACUUAGUCAACUGAAGUCAAACUAAAAUACCUUUAGUACGAGGCUCUUGAUGGAGUAUUAGAUGAUAAAUAAAGUCGAUAAUUCUUACUUAUUUCUGAGAUCAAGAGAGAAUAACGUUUAGUUAUUCUUAAAAUAACUUUUGUGAAAUUCACAGAAAACCCAAAGGCUAAUCUUGGCGUAUCCCUCUCUGUUAUUCUCUGUUGCUGAGAUCCAACACAUUAAAUGAUAGCGAAGAAAAGGGCGGAGAAAUAAUUUAACUGAAGGCUGAGAGAUCGAGGAAAUACAGAGGAGAAUCUCUUUGAGAUUUUUCUCAUUAUUUAACUAAAGCAACAGCAAGUUAAAGCAUGCAUUUCAUUUAACGUCCAGUGAUGAUUAUGGAACUCAGUAAUAUUUAUAUGUGAUAUAAGCUGAAAUCUCGGUGCAGUUCGAGUUGUGUGAUGAAGAUCGAAUGAAACUCUUUUCGAGUUCUCGAUUUAAAAAGUUUCUAAAAAUGACCAGUAACUCGUGGAAGCUCUCAAACUCCUUUCCCCUGAGGUUUCCCUUAUUUUCUCUAUAGAAAUUACGCAUUUGUUUGAGAGGGAUGGGCACAAGACAAGAAACAUAAUGCAUCCGGGUGUAAGCUAAUACUCUGUGGCAAAAUAUCUUUGUCCAGCCUUUGCUUUUUUGUUCAUAAAGAAGACUUCAAGAUCUUUUUCUAAGGAAUUUAAAUCUUUUAUUCUGCGUGUUGCAGUUGCUCAUAGUUGUACAACUGAGUUAAUACAAUGCCUCGAUUUUAGGUCCGGGGGGAGGGGGUACUUCCUUGUAAGUGGCUAAUGGGGAUGUGCCGCUGGAUGGGGUCGCAUUUUCACGACUUGAUUGACUAUUAUGGGGUCGCAUUGUCAAUAGAGUUACUAUGGGGUCGUACAUUUUCUAAUUUUGGGGGUAAGACAGUUCUUUAUAUUUACGGUUAGCAAACGUAGCAGAAUGUUUGUACUGUAGGUGAAAAGUAAAUUAUGCUUCAUUCAAUAUAAGGUAAAUACAUAAAUAGAAAGUGACUAAGUUGGGAUCAGGAAAAUUACACAUUUGUCCAAAAGUGACUAAGAUGGGCUCUAUAGUUGGCCACAGAGUAGGCUAUAAUAGGGUCACGGGCUCUGAGAGGCCAGAGGCACAUACCCAGCAAAAAUUAACCCAAGUACCCCCCCCCCCCCGGGUUUUUGGUGCCCGGAGUUAAAACUGUUUAAGACAGGAACAGACGAAAUUAAAGUUAAAAAUUAAAAUUUUUUCUCGUUUCAUUAGGAAUUCAGUAAAGAGGACAUGUGGUUCUUUUAUUUAUUGCUCACCAUCGGAUCAUCCCAAGGUAAUUUUUCUUCUGUAAUGUCAACUUGUUAAUCAAUUUUGUGCUAUUUUGACGUUGUCAUGGUCAAAACGUUAAGGAGAGUGGGGAAAACGCCUUUAUCGACUGAGUAAAACUCAGGUGCUAUACAUCUCUUUAAUUAAUAAUUAUUUUCCCUACUUUUGAAUCACUCCUAGGACAGUCCAAUAUACGUAUCUCUGGGGGUGGAAAAAUUGCAAACGGCAAGGCCUCGUUAGACAUACAUGUUGAGAUAGCAAACCCUGGGGCUGCAGGAGUGAUACCUACUCAGGGACCUCUACAACUACCAACUGGCACAGGCAUACCACCGAUUCGGCCAGCGAUGAGAACAGGCAAACCGCCGAUUCGGCCAACACCACCCAUUCGGCCUACAAUGAACCCAAGCACACCGCCGAUUCCGCCGACAAUGAACACCGGGCCAACAAAAAGCACAGGCACACCACAGCCUGGGCCAACAACUGGGCAAGGAGCCGGGACAGGAGGUAAGUCAUCACCUUUUGAAGCCAUCCAAAAACAAACAAACAAAUCUUAUGAUUCUAGCCUAAAAAGCACCAGAUAAUGCGGUUCAGGUAAUGAAUUCAUGAUAACCGUCACGAAUAUAGAGACAAUUAAUUCCCAAGUAGAAUUCUAGGAUUCUACUGUAGUAAGAGUAGUUGCUGUAGUUUGCUUUAGUUCCUGCAGUAUGGUAUAGCCGCUGUACUGGUUUGGUUUAGUUCUAUAGUUCAUGUAGUUGCUGUUGUUUGUUGUAGUUCGUGUAUAGUUGGUGAAGUUCGUGUAAUUUGGAGUAGUUGCUGUAGUUGCUGUAGUUUGUUUAGUUGCUGUAGUUUGGUGUAGUUGCCGUAGUUUGCUGUAGUUUGCUGUAGUUUGAUGUAGCCGGUUACUGUAGUUGCUGUAGCUUGGUGUAGUUGCUGUAGUUAGGUGUAGUUGCUCUAGUUACUGAAGUUGGUGUAGUUGAUAUAGUUGCUGUAGUUUGGUGAAGUUGAUGUAGUUGCUGUAAUUGCUGUAGUUUGGUGCCGUUGCUGUCGUUGCUGUAGUUGCUUGGUUAGUGUAGUUCGUGUAGUUUGGAGUAGUUGCUGUUAGUUGCUGUAGUUUGGUGUAGUUUUGUAGUUUGGAGUUGAUGCUGUAGUUGCUUUAGUUUGUUGUAGUUGCUGUAGUUUGGUGUAGUUUGGUGUUGUUGCUGUAGUUGCUUUAGUUUGUUGUAGUUCGUGUAGUUUAGUGUAGUUGCUGUAGUUUAGUGUUCGCGUAGUUUGGUGUGGUUCGCAUAGCUUGGCGUAGUUUGCGUAGUUUAGUGUAGUUCGUAUAGUUUGGUGUAGUUGCUACUGUACAGUUUUAUCAAGAAUUUAUUACUAUAACACAGGUGUUUUAAACUACAGCAACUACGCUUACUACUGUAGAGUGCUAGGGUUUUAACUGGGCAUGAAUUGUCCCUAUAUUCUUGACGGUUAUUGUGAAUCUAUUACCUAAAAAAUUGCCUCAAAUCUUCACAUACUACGUUUUAAAUACCUUUACAUGUUUCAUUACACAAUGUACUUAGUAAUGGUGUUUACUACGGCACUGUUUGGUAUUAUGAGUUCUGUGGUUUAUCUGGCUGGUGGCUAAACGAAACUUGUUGCGCACUUCGAUUGACCAUGUUACGGAAAGGAAUAAAUGGAAUUAACUCCAGAAAUCGCUUUUUUUUUGUUGUUUUUUUUUGCAUUUAAUCCAUUGUAAUGUCUUGAAAUCUGCUUGAAAUAAAAUAGUCACAUGCAUGUUCUUUCAAUUGGUCCAAAAUUCAGUUAGAUUGAGAGAUUUGUAACAAAACCUUGUUCGUUUUGCUGUUACGGAAAACGAUAGAUAGCGGAGCUCGUGCGCGCCGAACGUAGCAUUAUGGAUAAGAAAAAAUUGGUUAUCUAUGCAUCCAAGAAGUUUUGGUCCGUAAGUACGUCCCGCACCCCUUUAUGUAAGCCGGGGUGAAAUUUUACAUUUCAAGCACCUGCACGUUUCCGCGGUAAAUUGCAUGGCUACCCUGACUUUUAGAGAGAAGAAAACAACAACAACAACAAAGCCGAUUCUUUCUCUCAACUAAAUUUUAAUGUCUACAUUGACGUGGAUAUCAGGGAAAGAGUUAGAGCGAGAGAUAACAAAAACAAAGGAGACAGAUUUUGUUGUAAGAAAAACAGGAAAAUUUUAUAGCGGCGGUGAGGAAAUGAGAAAUGCCAGCCGCCACCAAGGUAAAAAUGAGAGGCAGCGAAAGAAAAAUGAACAGGACCACAUACAACACUUCCUCGAUUCAUAAAACGAGCAACUAGCAAGUUUCUGGAAGUUUCACGUUGUAGUCGAGCACUACACAACAUAAACGGCAAAGAAAUGCACAAAAAAAGGUGUGCUGCAAGUGAAAAGUUUUUUUCCUUCUGCUUAUUAGGCUAGACCUCCUCUGAAUUUUUUGGCCGUUUUCGUCGCCGUCGCCUCUUAGCAUUACAGAAUUUUAUAUUUUGUUUGAUUAAACUAGAAACUUAGUAUGAACGAGAGCUUCGUUUUUAGCCCUAGCUAAAUCUACAAAUUCCAAUCGAACGCAUCCUGGUUUUUUUGGUAACAAUGGUAAAGUGAAACAAUGUAUUUAUAUGCGAAUCAGCUGGCGAAUCCUUGUUUACAAUAGACCAUUUUACAGUUAUGGGCUUAGUAUCCUGGCCUUUGAGUGAACGUGAGGCUGAAGUUGACCUUGUUUUGGUACAAACCUGCCUCCUUUCAUAAAGGAAAUUAUGCUUAAAAAUUACUGGUUAGCAGAAAAAUAACAUGAUUUACAUAAUAAUGCAGAAAGGUUUGUAUCAAAAACAAGGUCAAAUCCAACCUCGUUCAACCUGAUACUGUGAAAUGGGCUAUUUCUGAGGUAUGUUCUCAUAUCGCUUUCUAUAUUAGACGGUAUUUUGUUGUUUUUCAGCAUUUACUCAAGAAGAAAAAGCCGGUUUGGCAAAACAUAACGAGUUUCGCCAAAUACACGAAGCACCACCAAUGAAACUCAAUAGGGAGAUGUGCGACCAGGCUAAAGCCUAUGCUAAGAAAAUAGCUGCAAUGGGGGCACUGAUGCAUUCACAGAGGGGAGACAGGGUUGGACAAGGAGAGAACCUUUCCAUGGGAUGUUCCACCAGUGGUUCACAAACCAUGGAAGAGGCUGUGACAAACUGGUGAGUGUUAAACAACCGGUUUUAAAGGAUAUCAAUCUUCUAUCCAUUAUUUUACGUUUGAUCAAGAGCCAUAAUGGACAUUAUGACCCAUGGUUUGAUGUCAUAACAGGGGCGGAUCUUGGGGGUGGGGGGGGGGAGGUUCCUUCGAUGUCCAUGGAACCCCAGAUACGCUUGACGCCUCGGUAAUCCCUUUUUCAACCUCACAGGGUUCAAAGGGCUCCCUCUCCCACUUCCGCCUCUGCACUCAAGAACCUUAGGGCUGAGCAAAAAAAUAACCUUAAUCUCAAUCGUCGGUGGUGAAUCUACAGUUUUGGGGGUACUGUAAAGUUCCGAAAGUAACUACUCUCGUUACCUUUGACUUUUGCAGCCUUUUCCUAUCGCUACUUUCUGGAGUUCGCUACUUUCGGGUAGCUAAUACAUGUAUCGUACGUGGGCGUUACGAAGGUACGAUAGCAAUAUGGCGACAAUUGGGAAAACAUUCACACUUUUUCUUUGGAGAAACUUAUUUCAUGUUAUUGCUUUCUAAAUAUAAGUUCAAAAGAAUUGCUUGAUUACGGUAUGGGUAUUUAAAGACGAAAGGAAGACUUUUGAAUUUAAAAAAAAGGAAGUAGUCAAAGAUCAUUAUAACCGUUAAAAAUAAAUCUCGGAUCAGUUAGGUAAAGCUUGUUAUAUCUAUAAUUUCCGUUAUUUCUAAAUUUCGGAGGGUCGCUACUAUUGACAUUUGCUAACACCUUUGAAAUGUUAUCGCUACUUUUGAACUAAGGGUCGCUACUUUCGGGGGGUCGUUACUUUCGGAGCGUUACGGUAAUAAUGUUGGCAAAAUUCAAACAGAUUUACACGUGUAUUGCUUCUAGGUACAACGAAGUCUGUGACCCGGGUUACGAUUUCGCUAGCGGUGCAUUUUCAGGAGGCACGGGUCACUUCACCCAAGUAGUGUGGAAAGGAAGCACUGACAUUGGAAAGUUCCAAGAAGUGAUGAGCUUUUUCUCCUUGAGAAAAUAUAAAAAUUUAGGAAAUUCGGUUAGGCAUAAAUUCCCUUAAUUUUUCUGACUGGAAUUACAUCACAAACUUACUUGUCGAUGAGCCAGUCUACAGUGUGAACCCUCAGUACGUAUCCUUUCUUGGUGUGAACUAAGCACAGCCCUGCACCUUGUCGUCUCUGUCACAUUUUGAUUUCUCUUUCCUUUAAUUUUUUGAUAUGUUUUAGGUACAACGAGGUCUGUGAUCCUGGUUAUAAUUUUGCUAGCGGUGGAUUUUCAGGAGGUACGGGUCACUUCACCCAAGUUGUUUGGAAAGAGAGCACUGAGCUUGGUAUUGGAAGAGCUGAGUCUCAACAAAACGGAAUGAAAUGUGCCUAUAUUGUGGGCAGAUACAAACCAGCUGGAAACAUGAUGGGUGACUUUCCACAAAACGUAGCCAAGGGAAGUUUUGACCAAAGUUACUGCAAAUCGGUAAAAAAUGACCAAACGAAACCCAAAUUCUUCGCUUUAAAUCGAAGUGGGGCGAUCAACGAAAAACGUGUCACUAAAGUUGAUGCCCCUGAAUUUCCUGACCAGUCUCCUGACCUUAGCCACAAAUUAAUGAUCCUUAAGAAAAAGAAAAAUUUCGUGGGUUCCUCAAAGAAUCUGUAAUAUUUGACAGCUGCAACUGCGUCCAACAUCAAUAAAGAGCCUCAUUCCUUAUUAACCUGUCAACUCAGUCGGUCCUUAAAUUUAAAGUUGCUAUGUAACAAGAAUUUUGCUGUUUUAGGUCAAUAGACCUUGUCACGGUUUUCGACGCCAUCUUGACGCGAGUAGGCAAACGCGUGAGAAAUUACAGUGUUUGUAUGAAAAUCUAAUGUUGAAUAAUUUCUGUUUUGAAAAAAAUAUGAAUUGCAAACUAAAGCUUCACUCCUAAGGAUUCUACUGCAAAAAAUUGACGGCGUUACAUGCGCUAGAAGACCUACAAGUAGAACCUAAAACCCGGGAAAAAUUACAGACAAAUAUAUGGAAAAUCUAAAGCAAGCCUCUGGAGAAAUUUAAGCACAGGUACGCCCCCAAAAUGUUUAAGUACAAUCCUUCGCUCUUUUAGCUUUAGUUUGCAAUUGAUAUUUUUUUUCAGAAAAGCCGUUUUACAGAAAUUAUUCGACAUUGGAUUCUCAUAUAAACACUCUAAUUUCUCACAUGUUUGCCUACUCGUCAAGAUGGCGUCGAAAACCGUGACAAGGUCUAUUCUGUGCUGAGGUCAUCAUUUAGCGCCCAUGCCCAUACACAAAAUGCUUCGGUAGAGUUAUGCAAAAGAUAUCAAACAAGUUUUAUCGGAAGGUAUCCUUGUGAGCUGUACUGCAACCCAAGGGGCACUCUCAGCAGGACUAGCCCCUGAUGAAGACUAGUUUUGUCUAGUCGAAAUAUUGGGCAAAUAAAUUUGUAAACCUUAGCUGUCCGAUCAGCCUUCCCUUCAAUUUUAAAUCUCAAAAUAUCGGUCGGUCAACGGACAAUGACCAGCCGAUAUCACCAUUUGAUUUGUCCGGACAAACUUUUAGUUGGCCGGUCGUUUUGACCGGUCAGGUGCAAGGCUCUCAAAAUGAAUAACUUAACUUAAAAAAAAUAAAUUAAAAAUUGAUUGUGUCUGACCAAAAGAGACUCUUUGUCUGACCGAAGCAAAUCAAAGGGAAAACACUUGGUACGAAUGAUCGGGAGUUUUGAAAAAUAAAAGUAAAGGUCUCUUGACUUAAACAGGGCAGAGAAAUGAACGCUCUUUGUCGCAUUAAAAUUGAAGGCCUUUUUGGCACACGUCUGCCCCAACGUCCCCGGAGGGUGCAACUAGCUUCAGUAAAAACCGUUUAAAAAACUGGCUGUAGUCUCAUUUUUUCUACUAGUUCACCUCCCGUUUGGGAUUGCGUGACAAUCCAAAACUACGUCACAAAAUUUGGGAAUCAUUAUUAUUUGUAUUUUUUAUUUACUAACCAUUUAUUUGGGCAGAUAAUACGGAGGACUUUUUUACCAAUAGCGUAGGAGAACUGACAGUGGUGUAAUUCCAUUUUUUCAAACACCCAAAGCCAGCCACACCCACCAGCAGCCCUUUCCAGGCCCAUCCAUGACUUCGUUAAAAUAAAUUAUUUGCCAAACAAUCACUUAGUCAAAGUAGCAGUGAUAUGUUUGAGAAACAAUUUUUAAGGGCACCCACUGCGAUCUGAGAUUGAUCGGAGAAUGUCGAAAAUGCUCUAGUCUUGUGAGGGAUGGGGAGCAUUGCGUGACUCUGGCCCGAAAACGGAAUGGUAGUUGUAACUUGAAACUGCAAUCUCGUGACUGAUUUCCCAAUUUCUUGAAUUGAGACAUUACAGUACAAAUUGCAGCACUCUGAUCAUAAUGCUGUCGGAGUUUUUAGUACUCGGCUUCUUAGCUGUGUUUUCAGCGGCAAAUGUUCUACCAAUCUCUGUGAAACCAGAGAGACAAAAGUUGGUGGACAGCUUGGGUCGAGAGGUGUACUUCCACGGGACAAAUGUGGUUGUGAAGAGUUUUCCCUGGCAUCCGGAAACCGAAGGUUUCUCAGAUGGGACUUUCUCCGAGCAAGACAUGCAACUUUUAAAAUCCCUUGGCUUAAAUGUUAUUCGGCUUGGAUUUAUGUGGCCUGGUCUUGAGCCGAGCAGAGGAAAAUACAACGACACCUACAUUCAGGUCAUGCAAAAGAUUGUCACGCUGUCCGAAAAAUACGGCAUUUAUGUCCUGCUCGACAUGCAUCAAGAUGCCUUUUCUAGGGUGCUCUGUGUUGAGGGUUUGCCCACCUGGGCAGUAAACACUGGAAACGCAAAGGGCUUUCCUGAGCCACUGCAUGAUCCGUACGUAAACGAUCCCAAAACAGGCAUGCCGACAGACGAAGAUUGUGCUAAGUUCAUGUGGUCAGAUUAUUACUUAACCGAAGCGACGAGCGUGGCUUUUCAGAAUCUUUACAACAACACCGAUGGUUUGUUAGACAGAUGGGCGGCAUUCUGGGCGAAGACUGCCUCCGGUUUUAAGGAUUUUCCCAACGUUAUCGGCUACGAGCUUAUUAACGAGCCUUGGGCUGGGGAUGUUUACGCUGAUCCACUGCUAUUUAUCCCGGGUGUUGCUGACAAAAGGAAUCUGGCUCCCGCCUAUGAGGUUCUAAGCAAGGCAAUUCGGCAGCAUGAUGAUCAGCACUGUAUUUUCUUUGAGGGCGUCACUUGGGAUGAUUUUGGGGUCGGGUUUGAGAGCGUACCAGGUGGUGACCUCUACCGCAACAGAAGCGUUCUAAGCUAUCAUUUUUACAUCCCGCCCUCACUGGAACUCAUUGAGAACUUCGAGGCGCGCAAGAAAGAUCUCGAGAGAUUACAAUGCGGAGGAAUGAUGACGGAGUUUCUGACGAGUGCGGGGACAAUAGCCCCCAUGUUUGAAACAAUGAUUGCCGCCGACAUCUAUCAGCAAUCCUGGAUCGGAUGGGACUACAAAGCCUAUCACCCACCCCGCCCCUCCCCGAAAAGCGAAAAGUGCUGUUCGCUAUGGAAUGAAACAGGUCUCAACCAGAUUUACGUUCAAAACACAACGCGCACUUAUCCUCAGGCCGUUGCCGGAAACACCGUGAAAUUCAGUUUUGAUUUAACAACGAAAGAGUUCAUGUUAGUAUACGAAGUAUCCCAAACUUGUAAUUCAACAGAAUCCAAAGUGUAUUUGAACGAAGAGGUGCAUUAUCCGUCUGGUUACAGCGUGAAUGUCACGCCAUCCUCCGUCACCUGGUCUUCCCCGGAGAAAAACCUGCUGGUUUUUAAACAUCUAGCCGAUGCU